AUGGGAAAUCAUCCAUCUGCUAGUGAAAAUUUCUCAAAUAUUUUCAUAACAACCAAUACUUUUGCAACUGUCAAUAUAUCUACCGCUGAAACUCUCCCAAUUCAUCUGAAAUCCUCUAUUGAUCAAAAAUCAGACGUCGAUUCAUCUAUUCAGAUAGCUUUACCGCCUGAAAUACAAUGCUCAAAUUUUGUCAAGGAACCUAAAGCUAUCUUGAUUCGUUCCACAGAGCCAAUUUCUGUACAGAUAUCAGAUAACAACAAUAUUUUUACAAGUGAAUUAACAACACUUUUUCCUGUUGAGAAGCUGACAAAAUCAUACAUAAUAUCCUCCUACCGUUCCCUCUAUAAUCAAGCCGCCAUUGCUGCAUACGAAGACGAGACAGAAGUCAAGAUAAUAUUAAAAUUGCCAACGGGCAGACAAGUGUUUUACUUGGGUAGAAGUUACAGAAAUCUGGAUAUUCUGGAAAUUUCAUUACAAAAACUGGAAACUUUUCAAUUUUAUAGCUUUUCUUCCGAUUUAUCAGGUACACGAAUCGAAUCCAACAAACAAGUGGCCGUCUUUUCGGGGUCACGCUGUGUAAGAUUGGGAAGCGGGGCGUGCUCUCAUACAGUAGAGCAAAUGCCUCCAAUAUCUCUCCUUGGCAAAACAUUCAUUGCUCCUCCAAAUCUUAGACGACCACAAACCUUAGUUAGGAUAUUAUCUCCAACUAAAACAGAUGUGACGAUUUCCAUGGGAGGUCAGAUUCAGAAUCGUAAUAUAAACGAAAACGAGCACACUGACAUUUCUUUAACUGAUGAACAAAUUGUCGUUAUUGAAAGUACAAAUCCCAUUUUAGUCACAAGCCUAGCUUUUGGAUCCUCGAAUUUUGACCACGGCGAUCCGUACCUAACAGUAGUACCAGGAAAGAGCCAUUAUCUUGAAAAAUAUAAGGUUUUUGUGCCACCGGGAUACACAAAGAAUUAUAUCGCUAUUAUGAUAGAGACAGCAGCGAAAUCCUCCAUUGUGCUAAACAGAGAGCCAAUUGAAAUGAAUUCCAUUCGUCUCGAAAAGCAGCAAACAGUAAACUCCACUGAGUUCACGACUCUGGUAGUAGAAGUUGGAAGUGGCGAAUUAAUCGUACAGUCUGAUAAAGUCGCGUUUGGUCUGAUGGUGUAUGGGCAACGUCGUUUUGACGGGUAUGGAUUUGCAGGAAAUGUACUGAGUCCAUAA